GCCGUCUGACGUCUCAUUGGUUAAAUCCACCGGCUGUAUAUUUAUGUGGUUGGUCAGGGAGGGGUUUAUGUACACAGUUAAAUCUGGCCACAAGUUUCAAAACUUUCAAACGGAGUAGAGUCUGAGAGUCGGAGGGAAGAAGGAGUCGAGCUUUGGACAAACUGCUGAACCAACCCCAACCAGAACUGUUGUGUUCUGGGAAAUACAACAGGCAGAAAGAGGCCAAGUCAUUGUGGAUCACCUUCAGGGGGAAUAUUCUGAACCACAGCUGCUUUGUUUUCUUCCUCGUCCUCCUCUUCCUCUCACAUCUCGAUGCUUUGCUUUGGGAUUUGUGCUCCAAAUCCAUCCGACUCUCCUCUCCACCUGAAACACUCCAACUUCCUGUCCAGAACUUUGCUGCCUCGCCAGAAUUUCACUCGGACUAAAAGUUGACUCUGGAAUGAAUUUAGCCGAAGCCAGCCUGUCCAGAGAGACUCUCCUGGCCUGGACGUCCAGGACACCGAGUCCUGACUUUGAUCCGGAGAUGGGUUUUGAUCAGAACCUCUCUGGAGACUGCAGCUCUCCUGACGACAUGAGGAGAUCAGAAGUGAGGGUUUCUCUGACUCCCAGCUCAGGGGGACAGAGUCCGGAUCCGACCCAGGCGGGAGGCAUGUCGGUGGGCUCAGACGGGAAACCUUCAGGGGCCGAGCAGAGGAUCCGCCGGCCCAUGAACGCCUUCAUGGUCUGGGCUAAAGACGAGAGGAAGCGCCUGGCCCUGCAGAACCCUGACCUGCACAACGCCGUGCUCAGCAAGAUGCUCGGUCAGUCCUGGAAGGCCCUGAGCUCCACCGACAAGCGUCCGUUUGUGGAGGAAGCCGAGCGUCUCCGUGUCCAACACCUCCAGGACCAUCCCAACUACAAAUACAGGCCUCGCCGCAAAAAGACCACCAAGAAACUGAAGCGGGUCGAACCGGGGCUCCUGCUGCACAGCUUGGCCCAGGGCGGUGCACCGGGCCUGGGGUUAGGACCUUCCAUCAACCCCCUGGGAGCAGAAAGCAUCUCUGGAGGUUCUCCUUAUCCAGGCGUCCACCACCACCAUCCCCACCACCUGCUGCCGUCUCUGGGGCACUUCAGGGACCUCCAGGCCCCGGGACCCCCAGAGCUGGAGACCUACGGCCUGCCCACUCCGGAGAUGUCUCCCCUGGAUGUCAUGGAAGAUGGAGGUGGAGAGUCGGUGUUCUUCCCCCAACAUAUGCCAGAGGAGGCUGGGAUGGGAGGUUGGAGCGGUGGGUACCACCACCAGCAGCUCCACCAUCACAACCAGCACUACGGCCACCAGUACGCCAACCACAGUCCCAGUUUAGGUCUGACUUCCAGCCCGAGUCCUGGUAGGGGCACCAGACUUGAGUCUCGAAUCGUCGCCUUAAGGAGUCCUGUAAAGUCUUUCCAUGACUCGUACCCUCAGCCCCCCGUCAGCCACCCUGAGCCAAUAAAACCCCACCAAACUUCGUCUCCCGUCGCCUACUUCAACCAAACGUACGCCGGUGGCUGCUCGAACUCCAACCAUUUCACUCCGUCUCAUCUGGGGCAGCUUUCACCUCCUCCUGAAGCUUCUCCGUCUUCCUCCAUCCCGCCUCCGUCCACCUUCCUUCCUUCUGGGCACUUGGACCAAUCAAAUCCCCAAUCCUCUGGACAUUUGGGGUCUUCUGCUGCUGAAUUCUGGUCUGAAGUGGACAGGCAUGAACUUGACCAGUACGUGAAUGUCGGCAGGAAUCGCGAGGACGUCUACGGACCGGCCGGAGGAUCCAAAGUCCUCAGCAGCAGCGUCAGUAGCAGGGAUGUUGGUGGUAUUAUGGGUGGGUGUGAUGAUGGCAGCAGCCCUCUUAUAUCAGCUCUUUCAGACGCCAGCAGUGCCGUUUACUACAGCGCCUGUAUCUCCGGAUAAACUCUGUGAUCUCUGGUGUUUGUGGUGGUUUUGGCUCAUAUUUUUGGUCAUUUCUUGCCUAUUUUUUUGAUGAUUCAUGGCCCAAAUUGAAAAGUUUUUCUAUUGCUGAACAGAAAAACAAUGCAGAUGAGGAAUCUUAUGAGAGGAAAACUGUGGAAAUUGGAAAAAAUACACUUUUGUCGAAUAAAUAGAAAUUGUCAUUGGUUGUUUUUUCCAUUAACAAAUGCAGAGUUGACUCAAACUGGUUUCCUUUGCAGGUACAGGCUGUUGUGGCUUCUUUAAACUUGGGAAUUUAGGUUUAUUAACCUGCAAACACAGAUGACCUCUGAUCCACAUGGUUAUUUUUUAGGGUUUAAAGGAUGUGUUUGUUAGAUUACCAGUUUUUCACCACUUUUUAAGAAGGAAUUUGAACAACAGGUUUUCCAUCUUGCUACAAAAUUAGCCACCUUAAAGAGUAAACAGCAUUUCACCUGCAUCAUUGUUGAUCCAAAUCAACCCUAAAACCAAUAUGAUAUUUGAUUUUUUCAUUCAUUCUCAAACAUACACUACUGUUCAAAAAUUUGAGGUCACUUAGAAAUGUCUUUAUUUUUUGAACAAAAAGCAGUUUUUUUCAGUGAAGAUAACAUUAAAUGAAUGAUAAAUCCAGAGUAGACAUUGUUAAUGUGGUAAAUGACUAUUCUAGCUGGAAACAGCUGAUUUUUAAUGGAAUAUCUCCAUAGGGGUACAGAGGAACAUUUCCAGCAACCAUCACUCCUGUGUUCUAAUGCUACAUUGUGUUAGCUAAUGCUGUUGAAAGGCUCAUUGAUGAUUAGAAAACCCUUGUACAGUUAUGUCAGCACAUGAAUAAAAGUGUGAGUUUUCAUGAAAAACAUGGAAUUGUCUGGAUGACCCCAAACUUUUGAACGGUAGUAAAUAUUAAAACUGGAAGCAAACGAGAGAAUCUUGUCACUAAAGUGUAUUCUCCACCUUUGAUUGGGUUUCCCUUUGUUCUGCAGGGUGCUAAAUUGAAGUGUCAGCAUGGCUUGUGCUAGAAAAAACAGAAGUAUUUAUCAAAAGUUGGAUGCAUUAAUGACACAAACAUCAUGAUUCAGGGAAUGUAGGACAUCAGUAAGGGUUUGUCUGCAUUGAAGAGACUUUUAGCAGGAUGCUGACCUCCUAUCUGUUCUACUUAUGUAUUUCUGCACUCUGGUGACAGAUUUUAAGCUUGUUUCAUCUCAGGACCAGACAAAUAAUCAUCACCAAGUGAACUUCAUGAAGUUUAAAUGCCUCUCAGUUUUCACCACAAACCCAGAACAAACCACUGACGUCUCCCACAAACUAUCAGGAUGGUUUACAAGUCGACUGGGCUUUAUUCUGUCCGUGACAGAUGCCAUGACAGGGCCCUUGUGUCGAACUCCACACCACAAUCUGAAGGUUUUAAGCUGCUUUGCUUCUUGCUAAACACUAAUAUGCCGAUAAUUCAAAGUUUAUUCUUUCAAAACCAGCAUCACUUCUUGUUUUUAUCAACUUUUAUUGUCUAAAGUGGAACAAAAUUAACUCUACAAACAUCAGGUCUGUAGGUUAAGUGCUUUGGGAACAAUUCUUUCAGGUAAUAUUGUGAAAAUAUGUGAAUCUAUAUGUAAAAAGUCAUCACGUUUAUGUGUAAAUUCAUAGAAAGCAGCCUUAAAAUAUCAGAAAGUGGUUUGCAGUUAUUAAUUAAUAACUGUUUGCAUGGUUGGUGUUGUGGUUUUUGAAAAAUGUUGCUUUGAUGUUUACUGAAGGAGAAAGUGAGACAUGAAAUGUUCUCUUUGCACUGGGGAGGAAUGCUACUUCUUCAAAAUAAAUGGCCAAAUUUGAUAUGUUUUAUACAGAAAUGCUUGUGUACAUGUUGUUUUAUAGAGUCUUAUUUUUUCGUACAGGAAAACUAUUUAGGAGGAUGCUGUUAGCAAUACUUAGCCUAGCCUAGCAUACGGACUGGAGGCAUUUUAAAGAGCUAAAUCCACCUAUCAGCACCUCAGAGAAGUAUAAUUGACAUUUAAUUUCAUGCUUAAGCAAACAGAAAUGCAGAAUUUGUUAUUUUAAAGGGAGUUUGUGGUGCAAUCACUACUCCACAAACCACAAAUUGUCUGUUUUUGCUUUUCUGCUGGCGUCUAGAUUGCACUAUUUGGAGUUUUUCGCCUCCUGACCUAUCAUCGUUCUUAAAUUAAAGGUCUAAAAGAGUGAAACUAUUCCUUUAGAGAAUAUAAAAGUUUUGCUGCAGUGCGUUUUUUGCAGUUAAUCCAAAAUGUGUUAUGAUUUUGCCUUUAAAAGUGAAUCUAUAAUUGUAAAAAUUUCUGUUUUCUGUCAGACUCACAGCUGAACAAACGACUUUCCCCUCCUACGCCAAAGCUGGAAAUUAAAAUGAAAAAUUAGUGGUUUUGUUUGUGCUGAGAAGUCAACAAGUUGCAGCCACCAUCGAACCUCCGUGUGUGUUUAUGUAGUUUCCAUCCCAUAAUAGUUCCGUUUACAGUUGAGGCAAAAACCCAGAAGUGUCCCUUCGAAGAUUUACUCUGCAUCUGGUCUUCAUUAGUGCUAAAGACAAAGCUUUUCCUCCUCUGUUUUUCUUUUUCUCUCUACAUGAAACAGUAGAACAAAAUAGCGCAUCUUGUCCAGUGAAAGCGGUUCUAUUUACCACAUAAUGGUAGAUUUUCCAAUAAUUCCUCUCGAGGACGGAGCAGUAUUAAAAAUAUGCUCCUACAUCUGCAUCUGACAUUCCUCUGCGUUGACACCAGACUCUUGUUUCCAUUUUAAUUUACUGUGACGCACUCAAACAUCAGAGAGACAGCGGGCGUUUUGUUUUUUUGUUGGUUUUUUUUUUCUUUCUUUGGAGUCGUGCAAUAACUCUGGGGCUUUUGGUAAUAAUUAUCUGAAGAAGAAAAAAGAAACACCCAAGGUUCUGGGAUUAAAACAAAGGAUGUUUUCUCGGCGCUCGUAUAAAUUAAAACAAGGAUUUUCCCAGAAGUGUCGCUGUGAUGCUUUUAAACGUGCCUGACAGGGAUUAUUUUUACUUUUUAAAUGUAGAAAAUGUUUGUAUAUUUGAAAAAAAUGUGUCUGUAAAUGGUUCUGUUCAAUUUUAUAUGAUAAUUUUACAAAAUAAACACAUUUCUGAUUCUU